AUGCUUCGUUCUACCUUGAGUAAACAAUCCGCUUUAUCACGUCUUAUUCCAAAGUCGACCAUUCGCUGCAGCAUGAGUAACAACAAAGCAAUCAGACCAUUUUCAACCCCUGCUCGCUAUACGCCAGCUCACAAAAAGACCAACUCUUUGGCAGCUGCUAAGCCUUGGAGCGAAUUGAGCGCACCACAAAAGGUGAUAGUCGCUUCCAAGACCACAUUCAAUGUAGGUAUCAUUUUGGCAGGCGUUGGAUUGACUUCAGCUAUUGUGUAUUACAUUGGUUCAGAGUUGUUUGGCUCUCAAAGUGCUACGAGCAUAUUUUCAGAUGCUGUUGAUCGAGUCCGUAGCCACGAAGAGUUGGUAUCCAUCUUGGGUGAGCCUAUCAAGGGACAUGGCGAACCCAGCAGAAGCAAAAGAAGACGUAACAGACGUAUUACCUCACAAACUGUCGAAGAUCAAGACGGCAACCCCCAUUUGUUUAUGCGUUUCUAUGUUGAAGGACCUGACAAUCAAGGCACAGUCAUGCUGGAGAUGAUCAAGAACGAAAAGCAAAAGUGGGAAUACAAGCAAUUAUAUGUGGAUGUUCCAGGACAAGGAUUACCUUCUAAAAGAAUUUAUUUAGAACGAAACAUGUAA